AUGACGGAAAAUAAACAAAUUAUACCAUUGAUAGCCGAAGAGGCAGUUAUCGAACAAGAACAACAAAUAGUAGUAAGAACAGAAAGCCGUGAACCAAGAGAAUUUGAAUUGUUAGGAAAAGAGCACGAGGGAGAAAUUGGACUAAAAUUAAAAGUGAAAAAAAUCAAAAAUAGUAGUUUUGUUGAGGAAUUUGCAGAAGUUCUUCAAGGUGAAAUAAAUACAAUUAAAAUUCAUAAACCAGAGACAGGAAUUAAUGAUAUAAAUGCUCCGAUUGGAGGAAAAUUCACAAUUGAAGUAAAGCAAUAUGUGCCAGUCAAGCCUUUAACUAAUUCUAAACGCAACACUAUUCUAAUAGAUUACCGGGAAAAACUAGUUCCUUACCAAGGAAAGGUUCCUCGCGAACUCUUAAAAACAAUAAAGAGAUGCUCGGGACGUAAUAACCAAGGUAGGAUUACAGUUCGGCAUCGAGGAGGAGGAAAUAAAAGAAAAUAUCGACUUAUUGAGAGGAUAGCGAAAAGUGGACUUGGUAAUCCCUAUCAUUCCGAUGGAAUUGAAGGAGAAGUAAUGAGUAUCGAUUAUGACCCUAAUCGUAACUGUUUUAUUUCACUAAUAAAUUACGGAAAAUAUUUCAGAUAUAUUAUUACUCCUGAGGGACUAAAAGUUGGUGAUAAAGUAAUCAGCGGAGAGGGUGAAGAUAUCCCAAUUAAAAUUGGGAAUAAUUUGCCUCUACACCGUAUUCCGGUCAAUACUCCAAUCCAUAAUGUAGAAUUAAAGCCAAAGAAAGGAGGGCAAUUAAUGCGAAGUGCCGGUACUUAUGCGGAAAUAAUUGGGAAAGUAGGAAGUGAUGGAAGAUUACCGGUUAAAUUAGGUUCCAAAACAGAGUAUAGGAUUUUAGCAACUUGCCGAGCGACAAUUGGUAAAGUAAGCAACAGCGAAGCCAACUUAGUCCGAUUAGGAAAAGCCGGUCGAACCCGCUGGCUAGGUAUUCGGCCAACAGUGCGUGGUUCUGCUAUGAACCCGUGUGAUCAUCCCCAUGGAGGUGGAGAACAAAAAGCAGGAAUUGGUCAUCCUUCUCCUUUAACAGAAGGAGGAGAAAAAGAUGAGUUAGAGGAAUAUCGACCAGAAAGGUAUUAUAACAAUGAUAAAAAUAGAAGAAGAGAUGAACCUAUUAAAGAUGAAGAUUCGAAUGAUGAUAGCCAAAACAACUCUGAAUCCAAUUCAGAUUUUAUUAAAAAAGGUAACGAAGACAGAGGCUCUUGCGACCAAUUAUUGGUAAUUUUAAAAAAAUCACCUUCUGUUAAAGCUGACAUUAACAAUAUAAAUGAAGUAAAUUCGAUAAAAAUUUGGCAAAGCAAGAAGUUUGCCGACACAGCAGACAGUAAUAGCAAGGUUAUCAGGCUUGUGGCUAAAAAACUAAUCGAAGAAGGUUUUAAAUGGGAAUAUGAUGUUAUUGUUUUAAAAGCAAAUAGCAAUGCUGGAACUAUUUCUGGACCUUCUGCUGGGUCAGGGGUUUGUAUGGCUCUUCUUAGCGCUUUUUUUAAACACCCUAUUCCCAAAAAUCUUGCCAUUACUGGCGAAUUUAAAAACGAAAAUGAGCAAACCCCAAACGAAAUUAAUUUUAAAAAGAAUUUCACAAAAACGCUACCAAUCCGGACUCACAAUGAGUAUUUUGCACUUGAAACUGCUACAAAAAAUGAUGGGAUGAAAAUGUCUACAGUUGUUUCGAGUGUAGCCGACAAAGAUUCGGAAAUUGUUCCUGUUGUAAACGAAGAAAGUGAAAAAUUUUGCUCCAAAGAAUGUAUUAGCGAUCAUUAUAAAAAUGAAUGUGGGAAAGGUAAAAUAGUAGCCGUUGGCGGCAUUGGCGGAAAAAUCACCGCAGCAGUUGAAAAAGGGGACUGCGAUACUAUUAUUAUUUCGAAAGAAAAUUCCUCAAAUUACUAUGACGAAGUUCCCUUGUCUGUUCGGGCUAAGGUUAAAAAAUUACAUGAACGGUUGAAAGAAAUUGCUGAAUUAGAAAAGCAAGGCGGCAAACAGAAUGAAAUUGAUAAAAUACGUAAUACUCCUAUUAAAGUUAGAUGCCGCGAUUCCACUAUUUUUCCAGAAAUGGUUGGUUUUACGAUCGAGAUUUACAACGGCAAAAAAUUUUUUAGUAGGCGAAUCGAGCAUGGGAUGGUAACCUUUAAACUCGGGGUCUUUUCCCCUACUAGGCAAGUUGGCGAACACGGAAAAGCCGGAACUCGAUUCCCUGAGGAAUUUGAAAGUGAUGAAUUACGAAGAGAAAGGGCAGUUUCGUUUUUCAAUAGAGAAAGAGAAAUUAUAGAGAGAUUUACUGAAAAUCUCAAUAAAAAGGAAAAAGUCAAUGAACUAGCAGUAAUUGGGCGGGAAAAAGAAACUAAGCAGUUAAUUUAUAUUUUGUCACGAAUGAUGAAAAACAAUCCUUUAUUGAUUGGCAAUCCUGGAGUUGGUAAAACUGCUAUAGUGGAAGGACUGGUCCAAAAGAUUAAACAAGAUCGAGUUCCUAACUACUUAAAGGGUAAAACAAUUUACCAACUUGAUAUGAUGUCUUUGAGGGCUGGGACCAAAUUCCAAGGAGAACUCGAAACUCGAUUAAGAGUGAUUUUAGAUUACAUGGCUCAGCCGGAAAAUAAUGCCAUUCUCUUUAUUGAUGAAAUUCACAUGAUUGUAGGAGACAGAGGCGGUCAAGAAGUUUUUAACAUUGCUAACUUACUAAAACCAAUGCUUUCUAGGGGUGAUAUCCAGUGUAUUGGAGCUACUACUCAGGAGGAAUAUCGUCAAUAUUUUGAGAAAGACGGAGCUUUGGUGCGCCGUUUCAGUAAUAUUUUAGUUGACGAGCCGAGUCCAGAAGAUGCCUUGAAUAUCUUGCGGAACAUUCGGAAUUAUUUUGAAAUUUAUUAUGAAUUAAAAAUCUAUGACGAGGCUCUUUUAGCAGCAGUAAAGUUCUCACAGCGUUAUUUAACUACCGCUUACUUGCCGGAUAAAGCCAUUGAUUUAUUGGAUGAGACUUGCGGGAGAGUAAGAAGUGAAAUGUGGUAUGAGCCUGAAAAAAUUACAAGAGUUCGGCGGAAAUUAUGGGAGUUGGAAAUGUCGAUGGCAGCAAUCGAGAAG